AUGCAAGUGCAAAUAGAUGAACCACAGAUGUCAGAACAUUCUGUGUCUGGUAUACAAGAGCAGCGGUUGAAGGUAGAUGAUGCUCUCUCCUAUCUGGAUCAGGUGAAGCUGCACUUUGGCAACCAGCCCCAGGUCUACAAUGAUUUUCUAGACAUUAUGAAGGAUUUCAAAUCACAGAUCAUUGACACCCCAGGUGUUGUUAAUCGAGUGUCAAAUAUGUUCAGAGGUCACCCUGACCUCAUUGUGGGCUUUAACACUUUUCUUCCUCCUGGAUACAAGAUGGAGGUGCAUUGUGGGUCCAUCAAUGUCCAUCAGCCUGGUCAGCAGGUCAUGUCCAUCACAGCUCUAGCUCUGUUACAGGCAGUGUCCACUGUGAACAGGGUGUCAGCACCUUCUCUGGCCGGUGGACAGCAGCAACAGUUCCAGAGCCAGCAUCUGAAGUUAAAGGAUGCUCUGUCCUAUCUGGAUCAGGUGAAACUGCAGUUUAGCAACCAGCCCCAGGUCUUUCAUGAUUUCCUAGAUGUUUUGGAGAAGUUUAAAUCCCAGGCCAUUGACUGGUCAUGUGUCAUUAACCAAGUGUCAGAUUUGUUCAAAGGUCACCCUGACCUCAUUGUGGGCUUCAACGCCUUUCUUUUUCCUGAACAGCAGAUCAAGGUGCAGUGUAAGACAAUCAGUGACAGUCAGCUUGCUCAGCAAUUCAUGUCCACCACAGCUCUAGCUUUUUUUCUUGUUCUUGUUCUACUUCUUCUUCAUAAUCGUCAUUAUCUUCUUCUUCUUCUUCUUUUUCUUCCCCUCCUUCUUGUUCUUCGCGUUAAACAGUUGUAA